AUGCAGAAGCUAACCGUCGAUCUUGAAGGCCAAUACAACCUGGCGUCUGCCUCGCCUGAGUUUCUCACCCUGGCUCAUUUCGAGGUUCAAUGUUACAUACAUUCGGCCCCAAUGCAGUGGGCCAUGAAUGGGAAUGCCGUUGCGUCGGUUGUGUUUGAACAAAAUGUGAUUUAUCGACUGGAGCUUCCAACCGCCACAGAUGCCGGUUUCUACGAGUCUUGCUUGACCCUGCUCUGCUCCAACAGGGACAAGGACGAGGAGGACCAGUUGAGGUUCGUCAUCUGCCACUUGCCCAUGCUGCUUUGA